AUGGUUGACCUCAGGCUCAGCAGCUGCAGGUUUUACAUGUGUGAAUGUGGAGGCCGGGCCAGUCUACACGGCAAGUCGUCCCUGCGGAUAGACAACGUGCGUUCAGAGGACCAUGGCUGGUACGAGUGCAAAGUGCUGAUGCUCCAGCAGCAGUAUGACACCUUCCACAACGGCAGCUGGGUUCACCUGACUGUCAACGCCCCCCCCACAUUCACAGACACACCACCUCAGUAUGUCGAGGCCAAGGAGGGGGGGAGCAUCACUUUGACCUGCAUGGCAUUCGGAAACCCCAAACCCUCGGUCAGCUGGCUGCGUGAAGGCAGCCUCAUGGUCAGCAGUGCCAAGUAUAAGCUGUCUGAUGGAAGUUUGACGGUGCUAUCCAUCACCCGGCAAGACCGUGGAGCCUACACGUGUCGAGCCUUCAGCCUCCAGGGUGAGGCCAUCCACACAACACGACUGCUAGUGCAGGGCCCACCGUUCAUCAUAUCGCCACCAGAGAACAUAACCGUGAACAUCUCACAGGACGCCUUCUUCACCUGCCAGGCGGAGGCCUAUCCUCGCAACCUGACCUACACCUGGUUCUGGGAGCAGGACAACGUCUUCUUCAAGAAUGAUCUGAAACGAAGAGUCAGUAUUCUCAUCGAUGGUUCCCUCAUCAUUGCCCAAGUGAAGCCAGAGGAUGCUGGGAAAUACACCUGUGUGCCCAGCAACAGCCUUGGCCAGCCACCAUCUGCCUCUGCCUACCUGACAGUGCAAUAUCCUGCCCGGGUGGUUAACAUGCCGUCUGUCAUUUACGUGGCCAUCGGUCUGCCUGGAUUCAUUCGCUGUCCAGUGGAUGCCAACCCUCCUGUAACUCUCGUUAAGUGGAAGAAAGACGGACUCUUCCUGCGCAUAGAUAAAUUUCCUGGUUGGAGCCAGAUGGACGAUGGGAGCAUCCGUGUGGCUGAAGUGACAGAAGACUCUCUGGGCACCUAUUCUUGCAUGCCUUACAAUGCCCUGGGUUCCAUGGGGUGGUCCCCUCCUGCUCCCCUGGUGCUAAAGGACCCUCCAAAAUUCUCUGUUGUUCCUGGAGGGGAGUACAGGCAGGAGGUGGGGAGGGAGCUGGUCAUCCCAUGUGAGGCAGAGGGAGACCCCUUCCCCAACAUCACAUGGAGGAAGGUUGGGAAGCCCAGCAGAAGCAAGCACAAUGUUCUGCCCCGAGGCAGCUUACAGCUGAAGUCACUCACAAAGGAAGAUCACGGGGAGUGGGAAUGUGUUGCCACCAAUGUUGCCACGAGCAUCACUGCCAGCACGCAUGUCCAAGUCAUAGGCACAAGCCCCCACGCUCCCACCAACGUCCAUGCGGUGGCCUCUUCUACCUGGGUCAACGUGUCCUGGGAGGCCGGCUACAAUGGAGGCUUCCAGCAGACAUUCUCAGUCUGGUACGGCCAUGUGAUGAAGAGGGAGCGUUUAGGCCCGCAUGACUGGGUUUCCACAGCCGUGCCAGGAGGCCAAGACUGGAUGCUGGUGUCCGGCUUGGAGCCAGAGACAACGUACCAGUUUAGUGUUCUGGCGCAGAACAAGCUUGGCACAGGCCCCUUCAGCGAGGUUGUCACUGUGAACACACUAGUAUUUCCUACAAGUUCCCCCGAGCCAUUGGUGCUGCUUACCCCACCACGGUGCCUCACAGCCAAUCGCACGCAGCAGGGAGUCCUGCUCACCUGGAUCCCACCUGCCAAUCACUCAGCACCUAUCCAGCAUUAUGUGAUGGAGUUUCGCCUGGGGGAGCGUUGGGAGAUCUUGGAUGACAGCAUCCCCCCCGUGGAGUUGGAGCUGCUCGCCCGAGACCUCAUCCAGGAGGCCUGGUAUGAGUUUCGUGUCAUGGCUGUAAUGGAUGAUACAAUCAGCGAGCCCAGUAAUGUUGUUGGAGUUUCGAGCACAGAGUUCUUCCCUCCUCCAGAAAUGGUGGAUGAGCGUGGACUUACCCGGCCUGUCGUGGCUGGCAUUGUGGCCACCAUCUGCUUCCUGGCAGCGGCCAUCUUGUUCAGCACAAUGGCUGCCUUUUUCGUCAACAAGCAACGCCGGAAGAAACUCAAGAGGAAAAGAGAUCCACCUCUUUCCUUAACCCACUGCAGAAAAAGCAUGGAAACUCCGUCGUCUUCAGGAAUCGUGAGCCCUGUGAGCAUCGGCUCAAAGGCAUCCUUAUCAGAGACGUCUGAAGACAGUCAUGACCAGCAUGGAAGGAAAUCCCCUCCAAGUUCAGAGAAGAAAGAGGAACUGUCUCUCUACAAGAGGACCAAAAGAGCAAUAACAAGCAAGAAGUACACCUCGAAACAUGAAGCUGAACCAAUAACACCCAUAGAACUUAUCAGGCGCGGUCCAGAUGGGAGAUUUGUCAUAGAUGCCACUGAUGCAGAAAUGUCUGUCAAGCCCAGGCGAAUCCAGGGCUUCCCUUUUGUCGAAGAAUCAGACCUCUACCCAGAAUUUCGGCAGUCAGAUGAGGAGAAUGAUGAUCCCAGGUCUCUUCCGCCAGUAAUGGCUCCUCUUCGGCCUCAUCAGAUUUCUCCCAUCUCCAGUCAGGAAUCCUACCUUCAUCCUCCAGCCUACAGCCCUCGCUUCCACAGGCCUUUUGAAGCCAGCUUCUCAAGGAGAACAUCCCCCUCAUCCUCACCUGCCCAAGGCCAGGGUACCCCCAGCUAUCGAUCUCAUAUGGCUUUUUCAGCCUCUGCAACAAGCUACCCAGCUUCCCUGUCCCCCUCACCCUCCAUGGAAACCAUCAAUUUAUUUGGACAGAUGCCAUCUCAGAGGAGGACAGAGGAGGAGAUCCUUCCAUCCGAGCCCUCUCCACCCCAGUUGUCAGCUUCAGGAAAACGUCGAGGUGCGCAGAGUGCCCUUUUUGGGUCUGAGAGGAUUGAUGCACUUAGAUACCAACGUGUUAAAAAGGCCAAGAAGAUGAUGAUCAACCACAAUAACUCCAAAACUAGAAAGAAAGCAGGUGUCUCCACCUCUCAGACCCAGCAGUCCUACACCUCUCAGGUACUCCAGCCCGAAGGAGCUCUCUACCUCCGCAAGAAGAAGAAGCGGCCAAUUCUUCACGAUCCGUACACUCGUUUUUCUGCUCUUCUGUACCGCCGGCCCACACGGGAAGACCAGAAGGCCAUUUUAGCUAGCAUGGACAACAUAGACUUGGACCACGCCACACUCCUCUGAAAGCACCUGAAGAUGUUUGUGACAGUCACCCCCACUGUCCCGCCUCCAUCCUCGUCCAACAGAAUGUCGUCACGUCCCAGUAAUUCAGAAUUCACUUGCAAUCACCUGAAUUCCCGUUAGUUAUCAGUGUGCUGUUGUUACAGGAUAAUCCUGAUCCAGCUAAUGGCUGGAUUGGUGAG